GACACAUUACCUUGUGGCACGACCAUCUCGACGACAGGAGUUCAUCAGCUAGAAAGAACGCAGAGGAAUCCACUUUUUGCAACGAUGACGGCAAUGAGAGCCAGUUCCGUUGCGCGCAGCACAAGACUAGUAGAUGCAGACGAGCUUUUCAUGAAUCUGAGCGUGCCUGAGCUCAAUGUCUAUGAACGCAGGACAAGGCAGGACAUCGAGAGUAAGAAGCAGGAGCUCCGGACGAUGGUUGGUGAGCGAUAUCGGGACCUGAUUGGAGCUGCCGACUGCAUCGUGCGUAUGAAGGAAACCGCGUUCGCAGUCCAGGACAACAUUGCUCGGAUGAGGAACUCCUGCGAUAUUCAUGCGCUCAAGAGGAAUGUUGCUGCGAAGACGAAAAAAGCGCAAAGCGGUGCAAUGGAUGAAAUGAAAAAGUCGUUGUAUACGUCUGCCGCGCAGAUCAAACUUCUGGCGGAUGUGCCAGAGCAGAUCUGGAAGAAUAUGGAGAACAACAGCUAUUUGACCGCUAGUCGGCUUUAUCUUAUCAGCAAAGCCAUCUACAAGAACUUGAAUGCAGGAAUGGAGGGCAACGACGACGAAGGCAAAAUGGUCAAAGUUAUGGAAACAUUCCCUGUUGUGGGACGGCAAUGGGAUGCCGUCAGUCAUUUCAAGGCCCAGAUCCUCCAAAAGAGCCACCAUCAUCUCAAAGCGUACAACGAAGGAGAUCUGGACGUUGUCGAGACGAUAUGCGCGAUCAUGCUGCUGGAUGAUGUGACCAUGAAGGAUAUGUUCCGACUCUUUUUGGCGCAACGACAGACAGCCAUACGCGAAGUACUGGAUACCAAGGGGGAGGACCUUGGCGCGCAGAUCGUGCAGGCUAUCAAAAUCCUCCAAGCGACACUGUUUCACAUUGCCCAUGUUUUCCUCGAAACUGACAAGGACAAGUUUUCCCCACUGGAGAGACAUCUCAGGAGUCUUCAGCAAACUUUCACCACUCCAAUCAAUAAUACUCCUUCCACACAACUGUUCUCUACCCUCACCUCCGUCUCUUCUUCAGCAAGGGACGAGAUCCUGGCUCCAUCUGCAUUGCCGGCCUCAACAGCACACAGCUUGACAGCAUCUGUCAUUCCAAAACUAUACCCGACAACGCCAAACAUCCAUCUUCUAGUGCGCUACCUGCCUGAGAGCAUUCAAAACUUCACGCCCUUCAUCCACCUCACGGGCGCAAGAGCCACGUUUACACAGCAGGACGUCUUUCAGGGUGUGCAGCGUUGGAUGGAGGAUGUCAAGACUAUGAUCAGCAACGGCUUCGAGCAACUCCUGCAGCAGGUUCAGACGAGUAUGGACCUUGUUGCGAUCCGAUCCAAGGUGUGGUCGGUAUUACGCACGGAUGAGUUUGCUCUGUCGACCCAGGCGACGCAGGAUCAGCAGCAGCAGAUGAAGAGUGCGUUCAAUGAUGUCUGCCGUGUCCUACUGGGCGAAUCGUUCAGCAUCUGGGAUUCGAUUUUACGAUCCGGCUUCACAAGGGCUUUCCAGGACAUCAUCGUAUUUUCACUGGAUGAGCUCUCAAACCAGCCCGAAAAGUUACUCCGUCCCAGACUCGGAGAACUGGACCUGGAGGACGACGACAACCACGACAUUGGUAAGUUUGUCUGGAAUGAUGUCGCUACGGCAAAGGGCGCUACACUCCCGAGCUCAACUGAGGCAUUGAACCAGAAGAUCCGAGAGUACGUGGCUGGAAAGACAGAUUUGGUGGCCCAGGCGACCACUGCAUUUGAGAGCACAUUGGAUGCGAUCCGUCUAGAUCAAGAGCGGGCAUUAGCGGGCGACCGAAUUGCCUUGGAAUACAAAGAAGAGGAGGAUAUGGACCGGUAUGAGAGCGUAGAUCUUUUUGGAGUCAAGGUUGACACGCAGGCGCUGGUAGAGUUCUAUCAGCGACAUUGCGUCGAGUGCAUUAAGGCAUACACCUCAGGCUUGGAGCAGCUUGUUCAAGAGGCGAUCCGAAAACCAGAAAAGGCGCGCAAUACGAUUCCAGCGCUCGAUCGAUCCAUGACUAUUGGUCGCGUUGCCCUGGGCAUCGCGUCGAAGGGCAUGGCUUUACAACGGGCGCUGACUCCCCCCGGACAUCACUCAUCGAUCUCGAACUUUGUACAGGCCCGUGCCGCCAAGGCGAAUGUGGACGCCCAGGUCCAGGGAUUGAUCGCUGGAAUGAAUAAGGUGUACUUAUUCUCACAUGAGGCUUGGAUUGAGAAUGCAGAAUGGACACUGAACAGAGGCAUCAAGAGCUAUCUGAAAGGCUCGUCAUGGACGGAUCUGGCGACGCUGGCAUGGGAGCCUAUUCCGAGUGCCAAUUCUGCUCCCUCAAGCACCAAAGGCUUUUCCUUGGCCUCUUCAGCUGCGCUAACUCUGAAUGCUGCCGCCGGCGACGAAGCUAAGACUCUGCUUCCCUUCCACUGUUCAACACGUCUCAUCAGCGCUCUCCAUCAGAUUGUUCAAGAAAUGCAUCGUGUUGGAACUGGUUUCAUGAAGCCGGAGCUGGUCCAAAUCCUGACUAUCAAGUUGGCAACUGUCGUUCUGCACGAUAUCGACCAGUUUUUGAACGAUGUCGUGGACCCCUCGGCUUUAUCAGGAUCAUCAACAGUAACGGAUCCCGAGAAGGCACCUGUAGUACUUUCGGAAAAGGGAGCUCUGCAGCUGUUGUUUGACGUCAAGUUCCUAAACCUGGUCUUCCAAUCGAGCAUCGACAAGGACAAGGAGCUUUCACGGCUAUCCAGAGCUGUCUUGGAUCGUAUCAGAGGACAUAUUGAUCCUAUUAACCUUGCCGUCUUUGAGAAACCGCUCGACACAAACGCUGAUCGCCAGUACAGCCGCGUCGCCGUGCUACUCGGACUGCUGGUUCAAUUGAACCCUACCGAAAGUAGCAAACGCAAGGUUAACGUUACAGAAAAAUCGCCUCAUGUAUUCGCCAUGGCACCUUUGACCGCUCGCUUCACGUUGCUGCCUAUCGGCCAGAAAAUAGCUGGAAGAGUACUUUAGGUUUCAUUUAAUAAACUGCUAACUAUCCGAUUCGGACCAACCAAC